GUAACACCUGUAUGUAGUUAAAAGGGGGAACCAGUGGAGCGUGUUCAGGGCUAUAAAUACCUGGGUGGUGUCAUCGACAAGAAGCUGACAUUCAGUGAAAAUUCUGUUAGGUUAGCAAAGAUCGCAUUUCGUCCACAAAUUAACCCAGUUUGGGGGCAGCCUCCUUCUUUCUUCCAGUUAUCGCGUCACUUGCCUGCUGCUCUUUCCGUGACGCGGUGGCAUUAGGUUAGCCGCCGGUGUUCUGCCGAGACGACGGCUUUUACCGAUCGUUUUUCUGCCUUUGGUGACACCGAAGCGGUUCGGAUCAUUUAUGACGUCCAAGUCCAGACUGCAGAGCAAAGCCGCGCGGAUGUCACCAACAGAGGCAGCAAUGAGCAGCCUGAAGCUGUGCCUGCAGGCGCAGGAUCAGCUGGAGAACGCCAUCGGCGGCGUUCUGAUGGCAGAGCAGCAGCUGAGGGAGAACGCCAGAGAGGUGCGCUCAGAGCUGCAGAGCUGCGUUAGCCGGCAGCAGGAGGCGCUGCGCUGCAGGGAGGUGUGGCUGUCAGGACAGAUCGAGCUGCUGGAGCAGGUGAAGACAGAGGCGCUGCAGCAGCAGCUGCACCAGCUGCACCGGCUCAGAGGUCAGUUUGAUGUGAUCGCCUAUCAGCUGCAAAACUCCAACAGCAGCAAAGACCUGAACAACCAGCUGACCAGCUGCAUGGAGAAGUUGACCUCUCUGAGCCUCACUCCUGAGGAAACACCUGAGAUGAGUUUCCACGCCGACACGCGCUCUCUGAGGCAGGCCAUCACCUCGUUUGGCAGCAUCACCGCCCAGUCAGAAGAGGGCGUGUCGUCUCUGAGCCCCACCCCUCAGAGAGCCCAGGUGCAGAGUUGUCCCCUUGUAGCCAGUGAACAGAAGAUGGAGGUAAAGGCUCUUGGUGAUUGGCUGCUGGGAAGCAGUGCGGCAAACAGCACCCCUCUGAUUGGCUAUGAGUCAAGCAAGGAUCCUGAGGUUUGGCUGCUGAAACAGAAGGAGAACAAGAUUUCCUGUCCUGUUCUGCCCUCCAUGGACUUCCUGAAGGCCUGGGGUCAGGUCCAGGACCUAGAGGUGUGGCUCCUGAAAGACCAGAACCAGGUGAGCAGGGAGAGGACCAGCAGCAGCUGCAGCUCUUCUUUCUCCAUUGAGAAGAUCGACGAGUCCGAGUUUAACGUCUCCUCUGAGGACGAGCUGAGCGACUGGCUCAUCACUCCGCCUACCGUCGCCAUGGAGAUUUCCGACGCCGAGCGUUGGCGCUGCGAGAUGAAGCCCUUUGAGGAGAGCUGGUCACCUAGCGAGUGGCUGGCGAGUCGCCCGGCCACCGACUGCUCCUCCUGCUGUCAGACCAGCAAAGCUUUGGAGAUCGAGAACCUGGGGCAACUCAAGUGCCUGAAGACUCCGCCCACAUCUGGCCCCGCCUCUCCCACCAGCCUGGAGGCGUGGCUGCAGCAGGUGGCGCCACUUAGGCAGACUUGUAAGGCCAACGAGACUUGCUCCACCUACGCCGACUGCAUCUGUGAUGACAACUGUGGGAAGGAGGCGCUGAGCCACUGGCUGCUGCAGCAGGAGGGCCGGGACAAAAACGGUGUGCCUGUGACGAAGAAUGCUCCGCCCACUACAUUCCACAGAGAGCAGGAGCAGAAGGUUCAGGCCAUCCUGGAGGCCUGGCUCCAACCCAGCACCUCCUCCUGUAGCGGAGACUUGGGUGGACCUGAGGAGAACCUGAAGAGGAAGUGCAGCUCCCAGGCCCAGAAUCAGUCCUCAUCUCCGUUCCAACAUCCCCUAAACCCAGACUUCUGGUUGCUUCCUGACAAGACUCAGCGCUCAGGAGGACUGGCCUGUCCAGCCGAAGAGGACAACGACAAGUGGCUCCUGAAGAAAAGGAGUCAGACCCAGGACCGUCUGGUGUUUCCUGCCGUCUGUGAGCUGUUUUCCUGCAUGAAUGUUGGUGGAGACAAAGACAAGUGGCUGCACAGGGCUGCUGUCCAGAUGUGACCUUGAUGGUGAUGAAGAGGAUCUUUCUUUCUCUUCUGGAAGUCACUUUAUCGCUGAUGAUCGCGCACAGUGGCAUCGCUCAUAUAACUGCCUUCUUCCUGUCUCCUCGCCACCCUGAGGCUCCGCCCACCACUCUUGUCCAUUCAGGAUCCAGAAUCAUCAACAGAGUGGAAUGUACCUGAAAUUGCUAAAACCUGUCCUUUUCCAUUCAUAUUGAUCAGUGAUUAUGGAUCGGAUCGAUAACCAAGACCAGCUCUCAACAAUAAAUAUAGCCAAUCACUGAAUGUUUGUGUUUCUAGCCAAUAGGAAAGGACAUCAUCACAGAAGCAGUAGGGUGUGGGUGUGGUUAUAUAAAUGUGGGCGGGUUUAGUUUUAGAUAAACUUUAUCUUUAAUUUUAAUGGAUCAGAUCUGAAAAUCUUUUAGUCUUUUAUGUUUUUUCUCUGUUGACCUCACAGAGAUGUACUUCCUGUCCACGCUGCAGGUGGGACACCUGGUUCAGCUCAGAGGAGGUACUGUGUUUCCCAGGAUGCUUAGCGAGUAUGCAGCCUGGUCACAGAAGCAGUGAUUGGUGCUUUGUAUUGACCCUCUUUUCUGGUUGUUUGGGGGUGGAUGUCAUUUAUUCUCUGCAGUAAUAAAAAGUGCUGACAUCA